UACGAUGGAAGGUAUCAGUCGUUCCCAGUGUUCAGUACAGUUCACUCAGCAAACAUGAACACGUUCAUAAUCGCCCUCUUCGCCCUGAUCGCCGGAGCUUCGGCUGCCGCGGUCCGAGAGCAAGAGAAGUUUGUUCCCAUCGUGAGCCAGGUUCAGGAAGUGAACCCUGACGGAUCAUUCAAAUCGGCAUACGAGAGCGCCGACGGAACCAUUCAGCAAUCUCAGGGAGGUCUGAUAAACGCGGGCCAAAAGGACGAAGCCCAAGUCAUCGAAGGUAGCGCCACCUGGACCUCCCCGGAAGGCAUUCCCAUCGCCCUGAAAUGGAUCGCAGGACCCAACGGUGUUGAAUUCCAAGGAGAGCACCUCCCGACGUCCCCUCCAGCACAAGAAAUCCCUCUGGCCAUCCAGCGCAGCCUGGAAUGGAACGCGGCUCACCCCGAAGAGGACGUCAAGCCCAAGCCCUAGUGAGAACCUCCACGACGACAGAAACUCCGUACGAGCACUACGAUGAAGCCCAGUAAAUUGUUAACCUGAUGACUACUCUCUAUACCUGUGUUAACUAUACACAACACCUACUCUUACACGAAAACACACACAUCUACACAAAUACACACAUUUCGUAUGUUAAUUUCCUGUGAAUAAAUUCUCUUUUGACAUAGAA